AUGAGCAUGAAUAACAGAGUUAGUUUUAAUGAAUCUGCAGUAGUUAACCCUAAUACAACACGAUCAAGAACACUAUAUGAACAUUUUCGAAGGAGAAAACUAAUCUGGAUAAUAUUUUCCAUUAUUUGUAUUGUUGCAAUUAUAGCUAUUCCAACAACUAUUGUCAUGAUGAAUAAAACGAAAGCAGAGAAAAUGUUAACAACAGCAACAACAUCAGAAAUAAUAGCAACAUCAACAUCAAUAACAACAACAGCGAAAACAGCAGAGAGAACAACAGCGGCGAUAGCAACAGCAACAACAGCACAAAUAACAACAGUAGCCGCAACACACACCACAACAGCAAAGGGAACAACAACAACAACAACAAAGAUAAUAAUAGCAACAACAACAACAAGCGAACAAUCACUUCCUUCUGUUAUUAUUAAUAACAAUACAAAAUGGAAACAGAAUGCAGUUACUAUUGCUGGAGGACAUGGACGAGGUAGUGAAUUAAAUCAAUUAAAUGCUCCUUAUGGUAUUUAUGUUAAUAAUGAUGAUGAUGAUGAUAGUGUUUAUAUUGCUGACACUGAGAACCAUCGUAUUGUCAGAUGGGAAUUUGAUGCAAACAAUGGAGAAAUUGUUGCAGGCGGAAAAGGACCUGGACCUGCAAUAGAUCAAUUGAAUUAUCCAGUGGAUGUAAUUCUUGAUGAAGAAAAGAAAUAUCUCAUUAUUUGUGAUCAUCGCAACAUACGAGUGAUGCAAUGGUCUCUUCAAAAUAGUCAGGAUCAACAAAUAUUGAUACCUCGUAUUGUUUGCUACGGUUUAGCAAUGGAUAAUAAUGGAGAUCUUUAUAUUUCUGAUUGGGGAAAUCAUCAAAUUCUACGUUGGCAGCAGGGAGAUACAAUAGGUACAGUUAUAGCAGGUGGAAAUGGGAAAGGAAAUCAACUUAAUCAAUUUAAUGAACCUAACUAUAUCUUUGUCGAUGAAUAUCAUUCAGUUUAUGUAGCGGAUUCUCUGAAUAAUCGUGUGAUGAAAUGGAUGAAAAAUGCAACCGAAGGCAUUCUUAGUGCUCCAUGGCUAAUUGCUGACAACAAUCUUACGAGACUGUCUCAACCCAGAGGUGUGAUGGUUGAUCAUAUAGGUAAUAUAUAUGUGUCGAAUGGGGAAAGUCAUCAAAUAACGCGUUGGUCGCCAGGUGAAUUAGAAGGUACUUCUAUCGUUGGUGAAAAACAGGGGGGAAGUGGUCUCACGCAGCUCACAUAUCCAUAUGAUUUAUCAUUUGAUAAACAGGGUAAUCUUUAUGUUGUCGAUAGAGGCAACCAUCGAAUACAAAAAUUUGUCAUUGAUCUUAACUAA